AUCGUUCAACUUCCGGUGCCAUCGGAAGCAGUGUUAAGAUGGCGUCUUCCGCGGAGAAUGUGCCAGGGGCAGCGGCUGGGAAAAGCCGAUUUCGUAACCAGAAAUCGAAGCAGGAGAACCAAGGUGACUCAGAACUCCUCACUGUUCCGGAUGGUUGGAAAGAACCAGCUUUUUCCAAAGAGGACAAUCCCAGAGGACUCCUGGAGGAGAGCAGCUUUGCCACUUUGUUCCCAAAAUAUAGAGAGGCUUACCUGAAAGAAUGCUGGCCAUUGGUACAGAAAGCCUUGAAUGAACAUCACGUUAAUGCAACCUUGGACUUGAUUGAGGGCAGCAUGACUGUUUGUACAACAAAGAAGACUUUUGACCCAUAUAUCAUCAUUAGGGCCAGAGACCUAAUAAAACUUUUAGCAAGGAGUGUUUCAUUUGAUCAGGCAGUACGAAUUCUUCAGGAUGAUGUUGCAUGUGACAUCAUUAAAAUAGGUUCUUUAGUACGAAAUAAAGAAAGAUUUGUAAAAAGAAGACAACGACUUAUUGGGCCCAAAGGAUCUACAUUGAAGGCAUUGGAACUGUUAACAAACUGUUACGUUAUGGUUCAGGGAAACACGGUGUCAGCCAUUGGACCCUUCAGUGGCUUAAAAGAGGUUCGGAAAGUAGUCCUAGAUACUAUGAAGAAUAUUCAUCCAAUAUAUAACAUUAAAACUUUAAUGAUUAAACGAGAAUUGGCAAAAGAUUCUGAACUAAGAUCACAAAGUUGGGAAAGAUUUUUGCCACAGUUCAAACACAAAAAUGUAAAUAAACGCAAGGAACCGAAGAAGAAAACUGUUAAGAAAGAGUAUACACCAUUCCCACCACCACAGCCAGAAAGUCAGAUUGAUAAAGAAUUGGCUAGUGGCGAAUACUUUUUGAAGGCAAGUCAGAAGAAGCGACAGAAAAUGGAAGCAAUAAAGGCUAAACAAGCAGAAGCUGUCAGUAAGAGACAAGAAGAAAGAAAGAAAGCUUUUAUUCCACCUAAAGAAAAACCAGUUGUGAAGCCCAAGGAAGCUUCUAAUGAAACUAAAAUUGAUGUGGCUGCCAUCAAAGAAAAGGUUAAGAAAGCAAAGAAUAAGAAACUGGGAGCACUUACAGCUGAAGAACUUAAGCUUAAGAUGGAAGCAAAUGAAAAGAAAAAGAAGAAAAAAAAGUAACAUAGGAAAAGAAAAAAACAAAAAAAAAACCCUGAACUAGCAUUUCUUAAGCUAUCUCCUUUUGUAAAGGAUUUUGAGGUAUACUAGGCAUUAGUUGCCGUAUCUAUGAGAAGGAAUACUUUGAUCGUUUUUUUCUAGUUUCUUUUGUUUCCAGAACAGAGUUCUUUAUAAAUAAAUUAUUAUAUUCA